GAAUCUAAUUUUGCCUGCGGCUCUCACCGGUAUUUCUGUAGCAAUUUUCAUGGCUCCUCGGUCUUCUUCCCAGCAAAUCUGAAUCUUCAUUCUUCAUAACCCUAGCAUACGUGCCGAUAACUGCUCCAAAAAUGGCGAGAAGAUCAGUGUCACUUCUUAGACAGCUUUUCGAUGGAUCACAAUCAUCGAACACUCCCAACAUCUUCUCAUCAUGCUCCCGAUUUAUUCCUUCCCGAUCCGUGACUUACAUGCCCCGACCUGGGGAUGGGACUCCACGCGCCGUGACCCUUAUUCCCGGCGAUGGAAUUGGACCACUCGUUACAGGCGCUGUUGAGCAAGUGAUGGAGGCGAUGCACGCGCCUGUGUACUUCGAAAAGUAUGAAGUGCACGGUGACAUGCCGAGAGUGCCGCAGGAGGUGAUCGAUUCGAUAAAGAAGAACAAGGUUUGCUUGAAGGGUGGAUUGGCUACACCCAUGGGUGGUGGUGUGAGCUCGUUGAACGUGCAGCUAAGGAAAGAGCUUGAUCUGUAUGCUUCGCUCGUGAAUUGCUUUAAUCUUCCUGGCUUGCCAACGAGGCACGAGAAUGUUGAUAUUGUCGUGAUUAGGGAGAAUACGGAGGGAGAGUAUUCUGGCCUGGAACAUGAGGUCGUUCCUGGAGUCGUUGAAAGCCUCAAGCUCUGUUAUCGGUGGGAUGCAUUUUCCUCUGGUGAAUUCAAUUGUAUCAAGAUACAGGUAAUCACAAAGUUCUGCUCAGAGCGUAUUGCUAAAUAUGCCUUUGAGUACGCUUACCUAAACAACAGAAAAAAAGUGACUGCGGUGCACAAAGCAAAUAUUAUGAAGCUGGCAGAUGGUUUAUUUUUGGAAUCUUGUCGAGAAGUUGCCACAAAGUACCCUGGAAUUAAGUAUAAUGAAAUUAUUGUGGAUAAUUGCUGCAUGCAGCUUGUUUCAAAGCCUGAGCAGUUUGAUGUCAUGGUGACCCCGAAUCUUUACGGAAAUCUAGUUGCAAAUACAGCAGCAGGUAUUGCUGGAGGCACUGGAGUAAUGCCAGGAGGAAAUGUUGGAGCAGAUCAUGCUGUGUUUGAACAAGGCGCUUCGGCAGGAAAUGUUGGUAAUGAUAAAUUAUUGGAACAAAAAAUAGCAAACCCAGUAGCACUGCUUCUCUCGUCGGCCAUGAUGCUCAGACAUCUUCAAUUUCCUGCAUUUGCUGACCGCUUGGAAACUGCUGUGAAACGAGUCAUUCUUGGGGGCAAACACCGGACAAAAGACCUCGGAGGGCAAAGCACAACUCAAGAGGUUGUCGAUGCAGUGUUGAGUGCUUUAGACUGAUACAACAUAUUUAUGCUAUCUGCCUCAUAGAGGAAGCCUCGUACAUUCCAUACUAAGCUUCAUAGCUGAAAUUGCCCAUUCUUGGUCCGGAAUAAUGUCAAUCGAGUGCAGAAAAUGAUUCAAUUUUCUGAAACAAUUUAUAGAGGAGGUGAUCAAAAUGGCAUCACUCCUUUGAUGACAUUAUAAAUUUAUCUUGUAGCUCUUUUUGGUCAUGGCGUUUCAUAUAGAGUUGUGUAAUUUUGGAAUGACUUUCCGUGAAAUAAACAGAUUAACUUGAUCAACUAGAAA